AUGGCUAAAGCCUCAACUUAUCAGUCUUCGACGCUCAUCUCCACGGCGAUCUUCGGUGUCCGGGUUAACCUUAACCAAAUCUGGAAGGGGCUGUUUGUAUUUAGAGUUAGGUUGGGUGAGAUUGUUAAUGAGAAGAUUCUUAGUGUGGAUGUUCACACCGUGCCAGCAAACUAUGUUUUUCCACCGGAAGAAAGACCUGGAGACCUUGCAGCUCCUCUAUGCAAGGACAUUCCAGUCAUUGAUCUACGACAAGUAGGUGCUCAUGAUCAAGCUGAUUUACUUCAGCAAAUUAUGAAAGGUAGCCAAGAUUUUGGAAUGUUUCAGGAGUUCUUCGACAUGCCUACAAAAGACAAGGCCACUUACUAUUCUGAGGACAAGAAGAGGUUGUUGGGACAUUCGGUGGAAGUGAAGAAGUUAAGCUUGAGGAUUUUGGAUUUGAUUUGUGAAGGAUUGGGAGUUGAAGCGGGUUAUUUUGCAGAUGAAUUGAGCAAGAUCCAGGGACUAGUGGCUAAUCAUUACCCGUCAUGUCCAAACCCAAGUUUGGUCUUGGGACUUGGUGGACACUGUGACCCCAACCUCUUAACCAUUCUUCAGCAGGUGUAUGGGCUUCAGAUCUUCAAGGAUGAGCAGUGGGUUAGUGUUGAACCUCCUGCUCAUGCAUUUGUUAUCAAUACAGCUAACCAACUAGAGAUUAUCAGUAAUGGGAAGCUAAAAAGUGCUAAACAUCGAGCAGUGACAAAUUCAAGCAUUGCUAGGACAUCCAUAGUCUCUUUUAUUUCUCCAUCUAGAGAAUGCCUUGUAGAACCUUCAAAAGCACUUGUUAGCGCAUACAAUCCCCCGUUGUUCAAAGCUGUUCGAUACAAGGAGUUCAGUGACACUUACAUUUGCCAAGAUUCAUGA